ACACAGACCUGGCAACCCUACUGACAAUUGCACCUCCUUAAACUGUAGUAGUGAUGAUGAAACGCCUUAACAUUAUAUUAUCAUUACCACGACUGACGCGACUUGAGACAAGAGCAGCCUGAAAGUCUUCAUUCAGUUCUUGAUGUAAAGCUACGGAUGGAAACAGAGAGAAGCGGGUGACAGCAGUUCAACCAGCAAUGUCAUGCAGGUAAAAAACUGCGUGAUUGAAGCCGCUGAAAUGAGCGAUAGAGCCGAGAUGAGAGGGCCCGUAACCCGCCGGAGGAGGACGACCAUCUCCGGAGGUGGCAACGGAGCGGUCAGCGUCAAACAAGCCAACGGGAGCAAGUGGCACGAUGCCGGGGAGAAACCCCCACUGUAUCCGGCUAAAGCCGCAGACGAGGUGUCCAGGCACGCAAGUAACAACGGGAAGGUGGACAGACAGAUGGGGGUGUCAGGGAAGCAGCAGCUCCCAAACAGUCCGAGGAAACACAGGAGUGCAGUGGAAGACAUCACCGAGAAACUCAGCUGUCACGUCCUCCAGGAGUCUCUCUUGAGCUCGGCCAGCGGCUACAGCAACUACAGAGGAAUCCUCAACUGGUGUGUUGUCAUGCUGGUGCUGAGUAAUGCACGCCUCUUCUUGGAGAACAUUAUAAAGUAUGGUAUCUUGGUGGACCCUAUCCAAGUAGUGUCUCUCUUCUUGAAGGACCCCUAUAGCUGGCCAGCAGCUUGCCUCAUCAUUGCGUCUAAUGUGUUCAUCUUAGCAGCCUUGUACACAGAGAGGCGUCUGGCUGUGGGUACCAUUUCCGAAAAGACAGGACUGAUUCUUCACAUUUUUAACCUGACAUCCAUGUUGAUCUUUCCUUCAGCCACUGUACUCACUGUGACCUCCAUGACCCCAGUGGGUGGUGUGCUCUCCCUAGGAGUCUACACAGUGCUGUUUCUCAAGCUGUACUCCUACCAAGACACCAACAGGUGGUGUAGAGAAAUCAGACAAGCGAAAGCUAAGAGACUAACACGGUCAUACUCAUGCCCGUCUGUGGCACAGUCCAAUGGUUCAGCAAUUCAUACUCAUGUCUCCUACCCAGGCAACCUCACCCACAGAGACAUGUACUACUUUGUCUUUGCCCCGACUCUCUGCUACCAGCUCAACUUCCCACGGUCACCUCGAAUACGCAAAAGGUUCCUGAUGAGAAGACUUUUUGAAAUGCUUUUCUUCAUGCAGCUGUUGGUGGGACUGAUACAGCAGUGGAUGGUUCCCACCAUACAGAACUCAAUGAAACCAUUCCAGGAAAUGGACUUUUCUAGGAUGGUGGAGCGCCUCCUAAAGUUAGCUGUCCCUAACCAUCUGAUAUGGUUAAUAUUCUUCUAUUGGUUUUUCCACUCUUCUAUGAACUUUGUGGCAGAGCUGCUGCAGUUUGGAGACAGAGAGUUCUACAAAGACUGGUGGAACUCUGAGACCGUCACAUAUUUCUGGGCCAACUGGAAUAUCCCAGUUCACAAGUGGUGCCUGAGACACUUCUAUAAGCCCAUGUUGAGGAAGGGGAUCAACAAGUUUCUGGCUCAAACUGCCGUCUUCCUGCUGUCUGCCUUCUUCCACGAGUACCUGGUGAGUGUUCCUUUGAAGAUGUUCAGACUGUGGGCUUUUAUGGGAAUGAUGGCUCAGGUUCCGCUGGCUUGGUUUGUGGGUCGUUUCCUGAAUGGAAACUAUGGCAACGCCGCUGUGUGGAUCUCACUCAUCAUUGGCCAGCCUGUCGCUGUGUUGAUGUAUGUCCAUGACUACUAUGUAAUUCAUUAUGGGAGCACUACAUAGUACUGGACAAACACACAUUGUCUCACAGUCACACACAUAAACAUGUACAAGUCAUGUUACACACACGCACACGCACACACACACACACACACACAGCCUGCAGGGCAACUCAAUGAGUGAAUGCAGAGCAAGUGAAGGGGACUAUAAGCGGUAACAGCAGGAAAAUUGUUUGACUUCUUGAUUUUUGCACUAAAGAUUAAUGAACCAUAGUAUUUCAGGUAAUGAUUCUAACAACAUGAGAAGUGCUUGGUUUAAAGCGAUAUUCCACUUUAGUAGGACAAACAUACCUUUGUAGUCAGCAAACCUCGGGAUCAGCAGUCACCAUCCGCUCUUAAUAUCUGUAUCUAGCAUGGGAAUGUUUCAACUUUAAACAAAUGAUCCUGGACCCAAAGUGAAAUAGCACUUGGAUCUCUGUUAUUGGAAUUGAUCCCUGACUGUUAGAUUUGUUAGAAGCAUGAUUUCAUCUUAAGCAGAUUUUGCUGAAACAAAAGUAAUUGUGUGGUGCUAAGGUUUCCUAGAGUGGCCAGUGUUAGUGGUUGAUGAUCCAUGAGCUCAGAGGUUAGGUGCACUAGAGUGAACUUCUUCUCUGUGACUUUCAACAACAAUUUCUUGAACUUUUAAAAGCACUUCAAUGCAUUCAAAAGUGGAAACACUGCUUGUAACCAAGCACUCCUUGAGUUUUGAAAAAAAUGCACACAGCUUCCUGCGCAACAAAUGUGAACCACUGCCGAGCAAGCAAGAGCCAGGACAGGACGGGAUCCUGCCUCCAUAGAGCCAAUAUGAAAAUGUUGUUUCUAUACCUGUGGAUUAGAAGUAACUUUUUUUUCUUGUAUCCAAAGGCAACAGAGAAAUUAUGAAGCCAGAUAAACAGUUUGUUUCUACAAGCUUAGGCUUAAAAAUUACAAUUGCCAAUUUAGGGUGUCUCCAGAUCUUCAAAUCGACCACAGUAACAGUUUUUUUUACAUGUGCUCUGUGUAUAUAUAUCCUAUAUCCCUCUCUUUUUGAUGCAAUGCAGUUGUUGAGUAUUACAGAAAUUUAUAAUAAAUGGAUUUGUUAAACAAAAAUGGUCAAAGGCAAGAAAACUGAAGAAAGAGAUGGAGGGAAGAAGCUAUAAAGUGAAGGAGAAAUGGUAAAGGGACGUUCUUUGUGACCUUAUUUGUACAGUCGUGGACCUCCAGGCUGCCUCUCUUCUGUUUCUCAGCUACAAACAACAUCAAUGCAAGCUCUUAGUGUAACAGUACACGCUACAGGUGUGUUUGCCUUGGCUUUAUUGUCUUUUUUUGUGUUGCAUUUGACUUAUCAGAUGGUUUAUUUUUUUACUUUGUAUAAUUUUAUGUGUUGGCAUGACUGCAGUUAUGUUGUGCCAUCUUGAAAUUAUAAUUUGUUAUUAUUUUAUUUGAAAUCAAUGAGUUAAUGCAGUAGUUGAUUUAAUAUUUAGAUUUACUGAUUUGAACCAAUGAAAGUUUUUUUGCACUUUAAAGAGAUGCAUGUUAUUGACUAAAGCAAUAGAUUUCUAUGAAUGUAUUAUGUAUUCUUUAAGUUAUAUCAAUCGUGUAAGGAAAAUGUUUUGUUAAAAUAAUUUGUGUGUUUUGUAAUUUGCUUGUUGACAUUUGUUGUUUUCAGUUUGUAAAACAGCAGCUGCAGUGAUAAUAAGAGUUUCAAACAGCCUUUUCAUGCCAUUUUUUUCAGUAUUUAAGUCUAUUUCUUGGUUUGACCUAAUUCAGAAGUUAUUAAAGCCUGACACUGUUGCCAAUAUCGAUAUUGCCAUAUAAUAGUUAAUAUAGGAAGAUGUUCUUUUAUUUACCUUUAUAUUUAUGUUUUAAUCUGCUUUCCAAAUUUGCAGUGACAGUUGACUGGACAUGUUAAAGGUGGGGUAUGCGAUUCUAAUCCAAUACACGUCUUUUUUUAAAAUUCAGUGAAUAUCUCCUCACGGUCCGCUAGCAGUCCGUUUAGUGUGUGUGCUGAAAAAAUAAACUCUGGUGGUUUUACACAGCCCUGGCUCUGUAAAUGGGACCAAGACACUUUAUUUAUUUGCUGUUGUUAUGUUUGCUAUAAUAGCAGGACAGUUGUGAGUCUCGCUGUCUGGAGCUGGUGUGCUGGCUCUGGGAAACCGUCUCGUCCUCUCUGGCUGUUAGCUUCGCAGCAGCAACUGUAGGGACAGUUUGCUAACCCACAACCAAGCUAAUGUUAGUUACAUUACUUACUGUGUCGUCGUUUGCUCUAUAUCAUGGUAUUUGUCAUGGUAUUGGAUUUCUCCAGAAUCACAUACCCCACCUUUAAAUCUGAGCUUUUUUAUUUACACAGUUGUUAAAUCAUAACACCGGUUAUCAAAAAGACUGUGUGUAGGCAUUCCUUAUUGAAAUUUAUAAGUGCCUGCUGUAAAAAAUGUUGAAACUCAAAAUAUAUACCAAUAGCUUUACAACAAAGACACAGAGGCCAAAUACUUAUAACAGAAAGACAUUUCCUAAACCUUAUUCUAUGUAGCCAGUAGAUUCACAAUGUAUUCAUAUUUAUAUUUACUUCCUGCCCUUACCUCAAAUUCUCCAAAUGCAACCUAACCCUGCAGCUGUAUGACAUCUUUUUCAAAUGUUCAUUUGAAGGCAGUAACUUUUGUUUUCUUUUGGAGAGCCUUAUGUAAGAGUCAUGCAUAAAUCUUAUCACGUGAUUGGUAUUUCAACACACGAAUGGCAGCUUUAAUAUCUAUUAGUGUGACCCCCUUGUAUUAACAAAUGUGACAGUUUAAAAUGUUAAUUGUUAAUGUUAACUGUGAGCAGCUGUGCGAGUGCAUGACAUUUGAUCCAUUUUUUUUUUUUUUUUUUUUUUUAAAGAGUGAACAUCUGAGGAUUAUUCCUGAAGUAGCAGUUGUAGCAACAAAACUUUUGGUUUGGCGGAAGGACUAAAACAAACAGUAAAAUUACUAAAGUCAGUCGGUGUCAGAAAAUGUUGGCGACAUUCAAUGGUAAAUAGAACUCAAACUGCAAAUUCAGAACAAAUAGUUUUUCUCAUUUGUAUGACUCUCCUGUGAAAAAUGUAUUUACUCAAUUGAGGUGUUUACUUUUAAUUCUGCCUUUGUUUUGUUUUUGUGAGAUUUCUUGGAAAUGGAAAAUAUGAAUUGACAGGGUGCCGACCUCUGAGUUUAACAUAAGAACCAUCAUCACUAAGUUCUGUUUUACUCACCUGAAGCCCAGAACUUCCUGUUUCCACAUUAUUACUGCUCUUGGAAUAUAGAUUGAAAAUGCUGAAGAUGCAGCUUUAAGUUGAACUGUCUUUUAAGAGUUAAUUUUGUUUGUGGAUGAUUGUAUGAUGCAACUUGUAGUAAAAUGAAUGUAUUACUGAUCUGUUCAUACUGUAUACAGAAAUCCAAAGUGAAACAAAGAUUAUAUGUUUUGGGAAUGCAAAUCAUUUUCAUAGCCUUUCACUUGAAAUGAUUUGUGUUGUUUGAUAAAGAAUAUUUAUAUUUGA